GCACAGUACUGUAUAUUCACACAGUGGUACCUCUACUUGUAAAACGUGGACUGGACAUAUUAUUUGGCAGUGGUGUCACAAGACCGUCAUAAUUAUUACAUUACACUGUCAUGAGCAUGAAUGAAUGCUUAUGACAACAGAUGUCAGCAAGUGUCAUGCGGCAAGUGAUGUCACUUUUGAAUGGAUGUAAAACAUGCCGACUGGACAUAAAUGAAGUCAGUGACAAAAUUGAAACUUGAUGAAAUCUGUCAUAAGCUUUCAUUCAUGCUCAUGACAGUGUCAUGUCAGAAUUAUGGCAGUCUCAUGACGCCACUUUCAAACUGUUACCCAAAUUGCUUUUUUUUUUUUCCUUUUUUUUUUCAUGUUAUUUUUUAUCUAUAUACAUAUACAGCGUUACAGUUGUAAAAGAUGUGGACUGGUCAUAUUAUUUGGCAGUGGCAUCAUAAGAUUGUCAUAAUUAUGACAUUGUCAUGAGCAAUAAUAAAUGCUUAUGACAGAACAAAUGUCAUUAAGUGUCAUGCGGCAAAUGAUGUCACUUUUGAAUUGAUGUAAAAGAUGCCGACUGGACAUAGAGUUUGUGACAAAAUUGAAACUUAAUGACAUCUGUCAUAAGCAUUCAUUAAUGCUCAUGACAGUGUCGUGUCAUAUGUCAUAAUUAUGACGGUCCUAUGACAGUCUUAUGAUGCCACUCAAACUGUUACCCAAAUUGCUGUUUUUUUUUAUUUUUUUAUUUUAUUUUUUUAAUCUGGUUAUUUUUUUUAAUAUACAUUUAUAUAUAUAUAUAUUCACACAGUGGUACCUCUACUUGUAAAACAUGUGGACUGGACAUAUUAUUUGGCAGUGGCGUCUUAAGACUGUCAUAAUUAUAACAUUAAACUGUCAUGUGAAUUAAUGAAUGCUUAUGACAGAUGUCAUUAAGUGUCACCAAGAAUUUAGAAUCAAAAUUUGUCACUAACUCCAUUUACAUUUAGUCUGCAUCUUUUCCAUCCUUUCGAAAGUGACAACAUUUGCCGGACGACACUUAAUGAAGUCUGUCAUAAUCAUUCAAUGCUCAUGACAGUGUCAUGUCAUAAUUAUGACUGUCUUAUGAUACCACUGUCAAAUAAAGUGUCACCAUUUUUUUUUUUUUUUUUAAUUAUUCAAGUAAAAUAGUAAUAAAAACAAAAUUUCCACUCUACGUAUUGAAAUAUGAGAUUCCAUAGGAAAACCAUAGCAGAUUCUGGACAUAAAAGAAGAGGGAUAUUCAUGGCGGCGGCAAAGUAUCAGGAGGCGAGAGUUUUUCAACAUCACGGCUCUGCACCUCAGAUUUCAGUGACCCAGAGCACUCCGGAUUUUAACAGGAGGCUGCUGUUGUUGCCCAGCAACCAGUUGCAGGUUCCCAUUGAGCAAGCCCGCAGCAAUUCUGUCAAGACGCCGUCGUCUGAUGAGCAGCAAAAGUUAAUGAAUGUGGAGCAGUGGCGCUCGACGGAUCCUAGCCAGAGUGCGCCAUGCACUCCCAGGCACACUGAGAGGAAGUCCCUUUCUGAUGCUUCCAACAAAGAUUCUGAAUCCUUCUUCAACUUGUUGGCCAACACUCAGAGCAGCCGGCUGGACGACCAGCGAGUGUCCAUGCCGUCGCUACCCGGAAUAGACAAGGCGUCGACUUCUGACGGGGAUUCCAGUUACUUGUGUUACAUGGUCUCCAAAGUCCAGAAUAGCAGAAUGGAAGAUCAAAGAUGCUCCCUACCACAAAUUCAGCGUGCUGAGGAUAAUUCCGCUUCUGGCAUUUCCCGUUCGGCCUCCUUCAGUCCCGGUUCGGACUUGCAACGCACCAGGAGCCAAGUACCAACAGGCCCGGAUUCUGACAAGUUCUUCAACAUGCUUGCCAACUCGCAAGGCAAACGUCUGGACGACCAACGAGUGACACUCCCAUCUUUGCCUGGGAUUCAAAAUGGAGGCGCGACCAAAACGCCCAACCCAGAUGCCAGUUAUUUGUGUUACAUGGUCUCCAAAGUCCAGGGUUCUAGGCUCGAUGACCAGAGAUGUUCAGCUCCUCAUGUACUCCAGAAUUUGGGCACCCCGACGCCCCAGCGUAAAGUCUCAUCCGCUUCAGAGCUUCCUGAUAAAGCUCCAAAGCGGUCCGGUUCACUAAACCGAGAUAGAAGUAACCCUCAACAACAGUUCUCUACAGCUGAACAGCAGCAAUUCCUAAAAAUGCUGAGUCACGCUCAGAGCGGACGUAUGGAAGAGCAGCGUUGCACUUUGCAGCAAAGCAGAAGCACGCCCAGCUCACCCGCACGCGGCCCGAAAGAAGCCCCCGCAGGUCCAGAAGCGGACGCGUUGUUCCGCAUGGUGGCCCUCAGUCAGGCUCGCAGGCUGGACAACCAGAGGUUGUGUCUUCCCUCCCUGCCAGGGAUAAGCGGGACUAUGGAGGGAAAACGCGACAGGAGUCCAGUCAGUGCACCACAAAUCACUGUGAAUGAAAGCACACCAUCCAAAAGACAUGGGGUCAAAGCACGUGCCCCCGAAGGCAAAACUGCAACUGCUCCAUCGGGCAGCAACCUCCCAAAGUAUGCGUCCUUCAACUGCGAGACAGAGUACCAAAGGACACAUGAUUCCACGGCCCAGAUGACUGUAAAAGUGUCAAUGAGUUUCACACCACAGAUGGGACAUAAAAACUUCAACCAGCCUUGCACUUUUCCGGAAGUCUUCCUCACUCUGGGUGCCCCGGGAGAAAACCUCAUGAUCCCUCUGAGUCCGAGACCCGGAAGACCCGUGUCCUUGAACCUCAACCUCGUCCCAAAAGAAGACAACAAGUCCCCUUAUCCUUCGCCGAGAAAUCCCCGCUCGCGGCCGUCGUCGCCCCAGCCGAAAGCGGCCCGUAAGGCGCAUCCCGGUAAUUCUCCGGGACGAGUGGGCUCUGCCAUCACACCAGAAGAAGACUGUUUCUCUCUAAUCGAAAAGGUUCAUGCAGCGCACCUGCAAACGGGAGCGACUCAAGGCGGACAGAAACACAAAGGGGAUCCAGUUCGAGGGAAGGGGAAUGCAAAAGGGGGUGCCAAGAAAGACAGGAAGGAUGGUGCUCAUAAGCACUAAAUCAGGGGUGUCCUAACUUUUUCCCAAAAAAUAGACCAAUACUGAAAAGUUACCUAGUGUUGCUUUAAGUAAAAAAAGUGAGUACUUCAU